CCUAAUUCCUCCAAAUUAUCUCAAUUUAAUUAUUUACAUUAAUUUAAUUUUUUAAAUUAUAUUUUAAUUACUUUUUUUCAGCUGAAUUUCCUAUUAUUAUUAUAAUGAGUGCUUAUUAGGUAUUAAAACAAUCGCAAUGUUAAGAGUUGAUGGAUACUGAGUGUCCAAUUUGCCUUGAAAUUAUAACUCCUUCAAGUGAUAAAAUCUUACUAGUCUCCGAUAUAUGCGAUCAUAAAAUAUGUGAUGGCUGUGCUGAGAAACAAUUGUCCUCUCAGGGCAGUUAUACGCAGUGUGCAAUUUGCCGAUGUCACUUAACUCGACACUCUUUUGUCCCCUAUGACAUGUCCUCCAACUACUACGAACAACAUAAAGACGCACGAAAACGCGUUCUGCAAGUAUAUAAUGAUACGAGGAUAAACUUUAAGACCACUCCAGAGUAUAACAAGUAUUUGGAGGAUCGCGAGGCCAUCAUAUUUGAGCUGACGAAUUCGAAAGAUGAGUCCAGACUCAAGUCAAUUGAACAAGAACUAAGAAUUUAUGAACGAAACAACGCCCUCAAAAUCUCCAAAAAUUUCGAACUCCACAAAUCGGAGGAGAAAAAGUGGAUAAAGUCGAUAGUGGAGAAGGAGGGGAAUUUUUAUGAAUUAGUUGACAAAGGAGCGCCGUUCAACCUCUGGAAAGUCGAUGAAAUCAUCCACCCCUUGAAGAAGUCAUGUCCCAAUUACUUCACCGAUGAAACUACCGUCAUCACUACCACAGACUCCAAACCACUGAAUGCUGCGAUAAGGAAUGACACAGAUAUACCGAGAAAAGUCUUUACUAACAGGAUUGAGCUUAUGGAGAGUGAUGUGGCAGGAGGAUACUCUAAAGAAAUUGUAUUUCAAAUGUGUAAAUCACAACUCGACACACUUUUACUAUGGAAUCUCACAUAAUAUAUUUAAUUUUAUAGAGCUAACACAUUG